AUAAGGAUAAGGAGCGACACUUCCCAUUGGCUGCUCGAAAACUCAUGGGCACAUCUCGGCCUAUGGGGUUCUGAAAUUUUGCAACCCAACUUAAACGAACAACAGCCACAAGAAUACCAUUGAAAUUAAACACACAUGCUUCUGCAAAACAUACAAUACUUUUCCGCCUACUGCCCCUCAACACCAAAGUUUUGGCCGCAAAACAUGGCGACCGUCACACAAGCUUCUCUUGCCGUUUUCCGGCCAUGCAACCCCAAGUCCAGGUUCCUAUCAGGCUCUUCCGGGAAACUCAACCAAAAGGAUUUCUCCGUAAAAACGCCGGCGGCUUCUGCUCUCAAGGUUGAAGCUACCAAAGGCGAGUGGUUACCGGGCUUGUCCUCUCCGACUUACCUCAACGGCACCCUUCCCGGUGACAAUGGAUUUGAUCCGCUGGGACUGGCGGAGGACCCGGAGAACUUGAGAUGGUAUGUGCAAGCAGAGCUGGUAAACGGGCGUUGGGCCAUGCUGGGAGUCGUUGGGAUGCUGCUGCCGGAGGUCUUCACGAAGAUCGGACUAAUAAACGUGCCAAAAUGGUACGACGCGGGGAAAGCCGAGUACUUCGCGUCGUCGUCGACCCUGUUCGUGAUCGAGUUCAUACUGUUCCACUACGUGGAGAUCAGAAGAUGGCAGGACAUAAAGAACCCAGGAAGCGUUAACCAAGACCCCAUCUUCAAGAACUACAGCUUGCCUCCCCACGAAUGCGGCUACCCCGGCAGCAUCUUCAAUCCCCUCAACUUCGCUCCCACUCUCGAGGCCAAGGAGAAGGAGCUUGCCAAUGGGAGAUUAGCUAUGUUGGCAUUCUUGGGAUUUAUCGUCCAACAUAAUGUGGUGGGACAGGGACCCUUUGACAACCUCUUGCAGCACAUCUCGGAUCCAUGGCACAACACCAUUGUUCAAACAUUGAGGGGAUACUAAACCCGCUGGAGGAGAUAUGUGGAGAUCUGGCUAUAUCUUUUGUUACGGGGAGUGAUGAGGAACUGGUUUAUGAAUGGAAUUCGAUCUUCAGUGUGAACAAAUUGAACCUUCAAUGUACAGAAGGCAUUACCUAUUUAAACACUAAAAUAAUUACUUGUUUAGAUUUAUUGUUCCAAGCAAGCAUGUGGUCAUAUUUCCAUUUCCACCUUAUUUUAUAUCAGAAAUCAGAUGUAACAUAGGUGAAGGGAAACAAGCUGCUUGUGGUGGAAAAAUAUCGUGGAGAGACUGUUGGGGUAAAAAAAAAAGCAAUUUAGGAUCCCGAAUUUAUUAUUUUUCAACUAAUCAAGGAGCAAAAAUACUUUAUUUUA